GGGAGGGGAAGAAGGGAGUGAGAAGGGGAGGAGCGCGCUUUGGGCAGAGGAGCAGCGGGACGCCAACGAGACUCGUCGCCCAUCUUCCUCUCCCGAGAGGCCGACUUAGGAGAGAGACCAGAAUUGAGUGGAAUGCUAUCUUAAACAAGUCAAAAAUCUGUUAUAACCUUUACAUAUACUACUUAAAUGAAGAAAGGUAAAACACCCCACAAAAUUCCAACUGAUAAUCACCCUAUUCAGACACUGGUGAAUAUGUCCCUCAGUCCAAGCCGACCUUCUUCAUCAGAGUUGGUGGAACUUCAUGUUUUUUAUGUCCCUGAAGGAUCAUGGAACUAUAAGCUAAAUACCAUUUCAAUAGAAGUUGUUAACAAAUUCAUUUCAGCUGGAUUUAUAAGAGUAUCUCCUCACCUUACUUUACAAGCCCUGAGAGAGCGUCUCAGUGAGUUCCUUGGUGAAGAUGCUGUUGCAGAAAAAUUUUUAUUUCUGAAAUGCAUUGGAAAUAAUCUAGCUGUGGUGAAGGCAAAGCAAGAAUCAGAACUGAAACUCAAGUCAUUUGUUCCUCCAUAUGCUCUUCAGCCAGAAUUAUAUUUGCUUCCUAUAAUGGAUCACUUAGGAAAUAUUUAUUCAGCAUCAACAGUUUCUUUAGAUGAGCGGCAGACUAAUACCGGUGUUGCUGAGGCUGAUGGAAUAAUCCACAGACCAGUUAGUGUAACUUUGGUGAAGGAAGAACCUGGAACAGAUCCCAGUUUUUUAGUAAACACUUUGAAAGAGCUUCUUAACAAGAAUCGAGAAGAAGCAGGGGGAAACGCCACUCCAAAAGGAAACCAAACUGGAAAAAAUCAAAUUGGAAAUUCUGAAGUGCCAGGAUCAUCAGAAGACUCAAAUAGUGAUUUAAGAAACAAAAAAAGUCUGUUUCUUUGGAAAAAUGAAGAUGAUAGAGUUAAUACCAUUAGAACAGAGAACAAUCAGAUAGGUAAGAAAGAGUGCAUCACCCUACCAGAUCUUAUUGAUUUUCCUUCACUUCCUUGUCAACCUGCUCUUUCUCCAGUAAUAACUGAUAUCUCUUUAUUACAGAUUGAAAGAGAGAAGAUUAUUGAACAACUGAAACAAGUAAAGAAAGAAAGAAGAUAUCUGGAAAGAAUUAGAGAAGAACUAAUUAAAAAAGUUGAAAAACUAUUUGAACAAAGCAAGUUGAAGCAAUGUCAUGCCUGUGAUGAUUGGAAGAAAAAAUACUUUGAAACAAAGAAAAUCACAGCAUCGUUGGAGGAGGUUUUAACAAAACUUCGAGAAGAUUUAGAACUUUACUAUAAAAAACUGCUCAUGCAGCUUGAAGCCAGGGACAUUAAGAUGAGACCAAAGAAUCUGGCAAACAUCACAGACUCUAAGAAUUACCUUAUAAUCCAGAUCACUGAGGUACAGCAUGCUAUUGACCAACUUAAGAGAAAACUGGAUACUGACAAAAUGAAACUCAUAAUGGAAGCUAAGGUGAGAAAACAAGCAGUUUCAGAUUUACGCAUUCUGAAAACUGAACUGGCACAGAAGAAAAAUAACACAUCUGUACAGCCUCAAUUGGUUCCUGGAAAUGUGCCUAAUUAAGAACUCAGCAGAUGACUUCAUCUGUGAUGAAUCAGUCAUAUCAAAAGGGAGCAUUGGCUGCUGCAAUACAUUCUGACAAGGCCAGACUUUGUUCAUCAUAAGACAUCACAAAGAGAAAGUCACAAGCAUCUGCAAUUCCAGUGUAAUUAUAGCACCUGUCUUUGCACUUUGGAGACCAAGUUACAUCAAAGGUUACCUGUGGAAAAACACGUACCAUUUUAUGUAACAUGAUCAAAUAUGCUUAUUAUGUCAGUUUUUUAUUAUAUAUAUUUGCUUCAUACUACCCAAGAAAAAAAGAUCUAUUUACAUAUAUGAACAUAGGGUUCUGUAUGCUUAUAGAAGUAGAACAGUUCUAAGAUGUUUUUACCCAGAUGGGUUAACCCAGACAUAUAUUUGGACAGAUACAAUGACCAGGAGCAGGGCACUGUGUACAAGAGGAAUUUUAAAUGUCUUUAGAGGCUAGACUGGUACCUCAACUGAUUGAAAGAAAUAGACGUAAUGACAAUAGGGUGUAGAUGGGUCACUAAGCAACUAAAGAGUAAGCACAACUAAAAUAAUUCAAGUACAGAAGUUUUUAAAAAUAUUGUGUGGGCUAGAUAGGUCAUCUCUUGGUACAAGUUGACUGUCCUGGGUUGGGAGUCUAAUAUUCAAUUAUGUUACAUGAUAGGUUUAAUCCAACAUUACAGUUAAAGAAAGUGGUUUAUGGCUAUAGGGAUAAUCAACUCAAAAUGUUGAACAAAUCACUUAAAUGUUAUUUUAUGGGAAUAUUCAAAUAAAACCUGAAUGAUGAA